AUGAAAGAAGUUCGCAAUGCUCUCUUCGUAGAAACUCCUGCUGCGGCACAGGGCCACUUGGCUGCACAGCAGCUUCUGGACGAGGUUCGGACAGAGCGUGAGCGCAGGCUCGCUGAAAAGCGUUAUCUGGAGGACCAGAUCAAGAAAUUGAAAUCGGAGGUCGAGGAGAUGGAGGAGGGGCAAGCCGCUACUCCAGCCUUUGACCACGAGAAGGAAAAGCUGAAAGCUUCUGUCAGGCAACUGAAGAUGUCGAUUGAGUCCAAAGAUCGAUAUGCAUGCUGGGUCUGCAAUCGCGCGCAUGAGCGCCAAGACGAGUCUGCUGAAGGCUCCGAUGCUGGCGAGGACUCCGACAAACAUGACGAGUGCGUCAUGAUGCGGAGGCGCCUGGUAGAGAUGGAGGAGGAGAUUCGCGAGCUGACUGGCGAAGGAGGAGCUGCUGAGACUUCUGAGCCCGCUCAAGCCAGGGCCCAAGAGCCUUCUGCUAGAGUGUCCCAUGAACCUCCCAGCGUGACAGAGUCAAGAUUGAGUCCAUCGUCCACUCUUCGAUCUUCUCGAGAUCGAAUGCCAACCCCAUGGACUCAGGCGUCCACCGUGGCAGAGGUAUCUGUGCAGUUCUCGGAUUCUGUCUCGGCCGUCACCUCGUUGGAAGUCCCGGAGAACGUCCCAGAGGUUGGCAACAGGUCCGUGCGCGACCGAAUCCUAACCCCGUUCGUAGCGGCCAACGUGACUGCCUCCGAGGAUCGCAGAGCACUGCUGGCACCUGGCCUGUCAACAGUCGAGGAGUUUGAAGCACAGAGCUCCCGAGAGAGGCUUCGCUCAAGCCGAGACAGGAUGCCUACACCUCAUGUAAGCUCAGAGAUGAUCGAGGAAACUGAGUUCUACGCAUCUUCUGCAAAAACAGUCCGAAUCUCCCCUGCAGCCGACACGGAGGCACCUCACACGUUUUCGCCAUUCCAGCCUCUGGCAGAAGACGGCCCAGCCGAGAGAGACAAGCCACCCCUUUCGUCAAG